CGCCGUGGGACUCCAGGGGACAACCGAGGGGCUCUGAAAGACCCCCGAGUCUCGUACCUCUGGGGACUGCCGCGUUGCCUGGGAGACAGCACCGCGAGCUCGUCUGGUUAGAGGUGGAGAGGAGGUUCCAGACCAUACGUAAGCCCAGAUGAGACUCCAGGGCCACCUCGAAAUGAGGAAGAACCUUCUGACGAAUCACUGUCCGGAAGGGGCAAAGGCAGCUCCAAGUCCUGCCAGAACUCCGGCUGAGUGUCAGGAGACCGGGAGGGCAAACGGAGCGGCCUCGCCCCACACGGGACCUCAGGCACACGCCCAGAGUUCAGGCUGACCUUCAGGAGGCUCGGAGGGCGGGCCCCGAGGGAGAAUGGAGAGUGAGGCGCAGCCUCCUCCGGUAGGCGCAGUGGGAGGGAGAGCAGGAGGGCGCAGUGGGGGAAGCAUGGCCUGUUCCAGGGCCCAAAUGGCACUUCUUCAGAAUCCUGAAGUCCCCAGGUCCCUUCCCAAAUCUGCUACAGCUACUCUCUGUUCCCCUCCUGUGCCCACAGAGCCCCCUCCCCACCAGCAGCCGGCGGGUACAGAACCAUCCAUGUGGAUCCCCAACAGGCCUUAAAUAGUGGAAAUACUAGCAAGGGACUCCUGGCUGGGUGCCCUUGAACAAAUCGCUUCCUCUCUAGGCCCAUCUGUACAACGCGGGAGGUGGCCAGCUCCAUGGCCACCCGCGUGCUCCUCUUGGGCGUCCUGCUCCUGCUGCUGCCCACACCCGCCCCUGCCCCCUGCUUCACCGCUGCGCGGUCCGAGUGCCGGAAGGUUCGGAAGUUCGUGCCUGGCUCGUGGCUGGCCGGGGAGGGUGUGGAUGUGACCAAUCUCCGGCACUCGGGCUCCUUCCCUGUGGAUACACGGCACUUCCUACGGCCCGAUGGUACCUGCACCCUCUGCCGAAACACCCUACAAAAGGGAGCCCUGCAGCGCCUUCCCCUGGCACUCACCGACUGGCGUCCCCAGGGCUCGGGCUGCAAGCGCCGUCUGGUCAGGGCCCAGGCCAGCUCCACAGAGGCUGUGGCCAAAAGUGCAGCUUCCAGCAUCCACGAUAGCUGGCGGGUGGGGCUGGAAUUAAAUCCCAAACCCAGCACCAGCGCUCAGGUAGCAUUUGCUGGCUCGCACUCCAGGGAGGCCAAUUUUGCGGCCGAGAAGACCCACCGGGACCAGUACCGCUUCAGCACUGACACCGUGGAGUGCCACUUCUAUAGUUUCCACCUGGUGCACUCUCCACCACUCCACCCCAACUUCAAGAAGGCCCUUAGGAUACUGCCCCCCCACUUCAAUGCCUCCACCGAGCCCGACUACAACAGGCUCAUCUCCAACUAUGGCACCCACUUUAUCCGCUCCCUGGAGCUGGGGGGCAGGGCCUCUGCCCUCACCGCCCUGCGCACCUGCGAGCUGGCCCUGGAGGGUCUCACGGCCGACGAGGUGGGGGACUGCCUGGCCGUCGAGGCCGCGGUCAGCAUAGGUGGCCAGGCCAGCUCCUCAUCAGAAUUCAAGGCCUGUGAGGAGAAGAAGAAGCAGCACAAGAUGACAAACUCCUUCCACCAAUCCUACCAGGAACGCUACUCCACGGUGGUAGGCGGCCACCACACCUCCAUACCUGACCUGCUCUUUGGGAACCACGCUGGGCCCGAGCAAUUCUCAGCCUGGGUGGCCUCGCUGCUGGACAGCCCUGGCCUGGUGGACUACACCCUGGAGCCCCUGCACUUCCUUUUGAAGAAGCAGGACCCACGGCGGGAGGCCCUGAGGCAGGCCGUGAGCAAGUAUGUGUCGCACAAGGCGCGCUGGGAAAACUGCAGCCGGCCCUGCCCCCCGGGGCAGAAGAAGAGUCCCGAUAACCCCUGCCAGUGUGUGUGCCACGGCUCAAAUGUCAUCAACCAGGACUGCUGUCCCCGGCAGAGGGGCCUGGCCCGGCUGGAGGUUAUGAACUUUCAGGCAACGGGUCUGUGGGGAGAUGUGAUAACUGCCACAGACGCCUACUUAAAGGUCUUUUUCGGAGGCCAGGAGCUGAGGACCAGCACGGUGUGGAACAACAACAACCCCCGGUGGAAAACCCAGCUGGACUUCGGGGACGUGGUCCUAGCCACAGGGGGGCCCCUGAGGGUGCAGGUCUGGGACCAAGACAACGGCCGGGACGAUGAUCUCCUCGGCACCUGUGACCGAUCUCCACAGUCGGGCCUUCACCCUGUGGAGUGUCACCUGAGUCACGGCCGCCUGAAAUUUUCCUACCACGCCAAAUGCUUGCCUCACCUGACCGGGGGGACCUGCCUGGACUACGCCCCCCACGGGCUCCUGGGGGAGCCCCCCGGAAACCGGAGUGGAGCAGUGUGGUGACAGCAGGGCCGCAGGGCCGCGAGGGGCCACGUGCCGGACUGCAGGCGUUCCCACAGAGAGCGCCAGGGCCUGUCUUCGUGUCCCCGUUGGACAGAGGGAGAGCCGGCUUUUUUUCAGUGAGGUGGCUGAAGUUAGAGACCAGCCCUGAGGCUCCCUGUGCAAACGGCCUGGCUCCCGGGUGUUCUCCAGCGGGGAAAUGAGCUGUUGCGGGCAGGCCCUGCCGGCGCGGCGCAGGCCAUAGCUUAGGUCGGGAGCUGGCAGGAGGCUGCAGGCCGUUCCCGCCAGGCAGCUGUCAUUUAAGAGCUUCCCUUGCAGCCCUCUGUGACAUGGUGAGUGUGUCAUCGUGUUAGAGCUGACCCCUGGGCUCCCAGCUGCUCUGUGCGCUGUCUCCUUUGCCCACUAAACUUGUCCUCUCCGACAGACCAAGGGCCACCUUGACCUGUCUCGUUGUGUAUGCAACCUGCCAGAAAACUAAUAAAUGUGAUG